GUGUGUGUGAAGAAGGGAGAGAGAGAGAGAGAGAGAGAGAGAGCGAUCCAGCAGGCAGUGAGUGAGUGUAGAGUAAAGUGUGAUUCGAGGAUGGACGCAGUACCGCGCUGUCUCGCUUUCCUCCUUCUGUUCCUUAACGCUUGGAUUCACCGAUCUGAAGCCUUACAAUGCUACUGUCACCGCUGCUCGAACUCGACAUGCACCACGGACGGGCUGUGCUACUUCGCCAUCACCAAGUCGGCCAGCGGGACAAAGAAGGAUAGCUUUUGUAUCAGCGAGAAUGAGCUGAUCCCGCGUGACCGGCCUUUCGUCUGCGCGCAGUCCAUCAAGGACAACACGGGCGUCUUCCCCAUGUGCUGCAACACGGACUGGUGCAACAAGAACCCCAACAUCAGCAUCUUUCCAGUGCCGCAAGGGAAGCCUCCGUCUCUGGGUCCCGUGGCUCUAGCGGCUGUGAUCGCCGGGCCCGUGUGCGUGCUGUGCUUCGUGCUGGUCACCGUGUUCUACGUGUGCCACAGCCGCUCGGUCAUCCACCACCGCGUGCCUAACGAGGAGGACCCGACCAUGGACCACCCAUUCAUCACCGUCGGCACCACGCUCAAAGACCUCAUCUACGACAUGACCACGUCCGGAUCGGGUUCUGGUCUCCCACUGCUGGUGCAGAGGACCAUCGCCAGGACCAUCAUCCUGCAGGAGAGCAUCGGGAAGGGCCGCUUCGGGGAGGUGUGGCGGGGAAAGUGGAGAGGAGAGGAAGUGGCAGUGAAGAUCUUCUCCUCUCGGGAGGAGCGCUCCUGGUUCCGUGAGGCUGAAAUCUACCAGACGGUCAUGCUGCGCCAUGAGAACAUCCUGGGCUUCAUCGCCGCCGAUAAUAAAGAUAACGGAACGUGGACCCAGCUGUGGUUGGUGUCCGAUUACCAUGAGCACGGCUCCCUGUUCGACUACCUGAACAGAUACACAGUGACCGUGGAAGGCAUGAUCAAGCUGUCCCUGUCCACGGCGAGCGGCCUGGCUCAUCUGCACAUGGAGAUCGUCGGGACGCAAGGCAAACCAGCUAUCGCUCACAGAGAUCUGAAGUCCAAGAACAUUUUAGUGAAGAAGAACGGCACUUGCUGCAUCGCAGAUCUCGGCUUGGCUGUGCGCCACGACUCAGCCACAGACACCAUCGAUAUCGCCCCAAACCACCGAGUGGGUACCAAAAGGUACAUGGCCCCUGAGGUCCUUGACGAUUCAAUAAAUAUGAAACAUUUUGAAUCGUUCAAGCGAGCGGAUAUCUACGCCAUGGGCUUAGUCUUCUGGGAAAUUGCAAGCAGAUGCUCGAUUGGAGGCAUUCAUGAAGACUACCAGUUGCCAUAUUACGAUCUGGUGCAGUCAGACCCGUCAGUGGAGGAAAUGAGGAAGGUGGUGUGUGAGCAGAAACUGCGGCCCAACAUUCCCAACAGAUGGCAGAGCUGCGAGGCUCUGCGGGUCAUGGCGAAGAUCAUGCGAGAAUGCUGGUAUGCCAACGGAGCUGCUCGCCUCACCGCCCUGCGCAUCAAGAAGACGCUCUCUCAGCUCAGCCAGCAGGAGGGGAUUAAAAUGUAGGCCUGCACUCCAGGAGAGCUAUACACCAUGGCUUAUUAUUAUUAUUAUUAUUAUUAUUAUUAUUAUUAUCAUCAUCUUUUGUUUUUUCGUUUCUUUCUUUUUUAAAUAUCCGUUCAUUAUAAUGGUCAUGCUCAUCCUCUCGAAUUAUCCGCGAUUACCGCAUUAUGACUUUGUGUCCUCCACGUUGCGAGAGGGAAAGAACGAGAUGGAGGACAUAAGCACUAAGAGUGAAGGCUUGUUUGGACUUUAAAAAAAAAAAUUGUUUUUUUUCUUUUGGAAUGAUUGACUUUAGCCAGUGAAGGUCAUUUUAUGGUCGGGUACUUUUUUUCUGUGUUAGUCUCUGAGAGAUGAGAUUUGCUGGAGACAUAUCUCUAUAGGGAAUUUGCACCUUGUGUUUUCUCUCUUUCCUCAACACUUGUUUUUUUUUUUUUUUCCCUAACUUAUUUUUUGCUUUGGGUUUUUUUUUCCAACAAACUGGACAUGACCUCAUUCAGUCUUGGCAAACAUGCUGCAACAUAUGCAAUAUAGAGAAAUCCUAUCCUAUAUUUUAUAUCUUGAUAUGUUCUGUUACUACGGCAACAGUUUCAACAGCUUCAACAGCUACAAUGGCAUCCGUGCCCUCCAAGCCAGGUGUUACCGGAAAGUGCCACUGCUUUAAACCAACGUUCCCUCAUGCCGUGGCUCGGCCCCCUUUACCGUUCGCUGUCCGUCUAGACGACAGAAAGAACGACUGUAAGAGUGAGCGCCACCGUCGCAGGCUCACAGACGAGUCUGUCACGGAGUCCGUCUUUAUUAUGCACACGCAGCGAACGUUAGCAAGGGGCCACCACGCACAACUUGCUGGUGCCAUUUCUUCAGUUUUACAUCAUCUUUUAUUCUUUUUUUUUUUUUUGCGUCAUCAUCUUCAGUGCAGCACAGAGGGACGUUUUGUUUUGUUUUUUUUUCCGCUCAGACCUCAGUUCAUCUCCAGUAAAAAGCUGAUCACCAGUCCCGUGGUGCUGAACGGUCGCAUGUUCGCUCCACCCUGACACGACGGUCUGGCAAGAGGAUGCUCUGAGACCUAACGUGGCCACGCCGGCGUCUUUUAUUCCCCUGAACGCGCUCUCCCUUCUGUUCCUAACUGACAUAGAGAUUCGGAUAAACUGAGCUACUCUCACAGACUGGCACGUGAUGCAGAAGACUGGAUGAAAAAAAAAAAUCAAAAAAGAGAAUAAAAUGAAAGAAAAAAGAGAAUCUCUAGGAGCAGUGUGACUAAAUAAAAAUGGAUUGCAAUGUUUUGAAGUUAAACACAUCAGCAUUACUCAAGUUGCCGUGUAAAACUGCUCUUUCUUAUGGUACUCUUUUGUUUUCAGUGUUGCAAAGAUGAUGGAAUUAUAUUCAUUUAUCUAUAUAGCAAAUAGAACUUUACUAAGCCAUAGAUUUUCCAACAUCUUAUGGCAACUUUUUUUUUUUUUUUUUUUUUUUUGGUGUGUGUGUGUGUGUGUGUAGAAUGUAAAAUUUUAAGAAAAAUCCUGUUGACUCCUUCAAAUCUCCAUUGAGCAAGCCUUAAGGGACCAAUAGCAUUGGUUGUUUCUGUUUAUUAAGGGAAAACAAGUAAUGUAAGAUUUUGUAUAAAGGAAGGAUUAAAUGUAGCAACAACCCAUAAAAAAGUCGUUUUGUUUGUCCUGUAGAUGUGUAGAAGGGCGUCCUUUUUGCCACACAAAUAAACUGACGGUGAGAAAUGAAUGGGGGUCUAAUAUCAUGUUUUAAGGCGACUUUGUGGUAGGAAACAUUGACCGGAUUGGCCAUAAAAUCGAGUCUUUUCCUAUAAAAAAAAAAAAAAGAUCAUCCGGGGCCUCCGCGUGGCGCAGUGGUAAAGUGCGCGGCUUUUCAUCCGGAGAUCGCGAGCUCGAUUAUAGAAAGAGCUGAUUGGCCGAGCUCUCCCAGAGGGGCGGGAUGAGAGGUACUUAGCGCUCCCACAUUAAUCACGGCUCUACAGUCAAUCAGGGGCGUCUGUGAGCUCACGCAAACGGAAGGAGCGGAUAGCGAUGUCCUCCGAGUGUGUUACUCCGCCCCCAACGGUGCGUGAGCGAGUGGUCGGCUGGCGUCACGUGAUUUGGAGGAAACACGUAAUAGUUUUAGCUGAGUGGUAGAAGUAGCCUUAAAGUGGGAGCCCCCUAGUGACGGGGAGAAAUUGGACACGACUAUAUUAAGGAGAAAAUCGGGGAAAAUCCUCAAAACGAAAAAAAAUCAUCCAAGUCACCUGAUAGUUCCAUACCUAUUAUUUUAUUAUCACACCAGUUUGACAGGUUUUUAAAGUAUUGCACAUUAUUUUUAUUUUACAUAACUUUGUUACUCAUACCUUCUGCCUGAUGACUUGCUUUUUACAGCUUUACCUCUGACUGUUAUAAAGUGCUACCACUGGAGACUCCUUCCUUAAUAAACACACCCUGACACUUUUUUCAUCCGUUCAUGUGGAGAAAUCACAAUACGAAUAACUUAAUAUAAAGGCCAAACUCUUAAGACAGACAAGUUCACUUUGCAGCCAGUGCUACUCUCCAAAUUAUCCUUGAGCUCUUAGCAGAAUCUUAGCCGUGUUAUGAGGAACAUCUGUAUUUUUUAAGCAUGCUGAGUAAAAUGCUGGUCGAAGUAUGAUAUUAGCAUGCUCAUCUUGUUUUGUCUGCGGUUUAUUCGUCCGAUGCUUUUUUUAUUUCAUUGUUGCACUUUAGAGCGAAACAUAAUUAACAACCAGCGGCCAAGAUGGCCUCUGAAUAGCGUGGCGUGUUUACAGUGCAUUCCUGCGCUGUGAUUAUACUGAUUAUGUACAAGCUUUUAUACCCUUCAGCCAAAACAUUGAGGGGAUUUCUUUCACUAGACACAACACACCGUGCAUGCUUAUUAGUGUGGCAAAUGGAUGUUAAUUUGUUGUGUUGCUUCUUUUCACUGGUCAAAAUUUUGGAUCGCUCGUGUCUUAAGGCAAUUUUGCUGCAUUUUCUGCCUCUGUACAGGAGCAAAAAAACAAAAAAAUAAGGAGCUCAGCGCUCACAGUGUUCGCUAAUUUAGUUUCCAAAGGUUUGAAUAGCAGAACGAAAUGUCAUUCCACAGUGCUUUGAAAAACGUGUAGGACAACCUUGUACUGUACAAAAGUCUUCAACCACCUUACAUUUAUUCAUAUUGUGCUUCCAAGGAGCCACUUUUUUGUAGUUUCUUUUUUAUGUUGUACAGAGCUCUCUAGCCUUCCUGAAGGCCUUUUUUUUGGGGGGGGGCUCUCAUAUUUGUUAAAAUUUUUUGUCUCUCAUUUUCAGUCCAGUCCUUCUACUGGACCAGUACAGUACAAAUUUAGUUUUUCCUGUUUAAAACAUCAAACUUAAGGCAUGAACCAGUGAGAAACAGGUGCAGAUGAUGACAGAUGAUUAGUAUACACCACCAAUGAUGCUGAACAAUGAUUGGUUGGAACUGACGAGAGGGGAAAUCAGGUUGCUGCUUACGUUUUUAAAUUAUUGUCUGUUACAGUAAAACAUUUGUUCCUAUUUUAUUUCAAUUACUUUAUUAUAGAGCAAUGAGGAGUGGCUCAAGACUUUUGCACAGCACAUACUGUGUGUGUGUGUGUAUAUAUACAGUAUAUGUCAUUUCCUUUCUGUUAUCCUUUCCUGUGUACAGUACAUGUGCACACGAGGAGUGUUUUCACACCAAAUAUGUAUUGAAUGUCGGUGCACUCAUUUUAGAUAUAUGUAUAAGACGAUAUUAAUGUCUUAUUGUUUUUGUAUGUUUUUUUGUUGUUGUUGUUGUCGGCUACAUGCAACAAAUGUAGUUCCUUCCCUUUUCUGCUCCCGUACAGCGAUCUGUCGCGUUUAGUUUUCUUCCCCAAAAGAAUUCCUGUCCCUCGUGGAGUAAAUGUAUGAUGGCGAAUGCGUGUAUAAAUAUGUACAUUGUAAAUAAGUACCUAUGUGUAUGUAAAUUGUCUGUUAGUUCGGUGGCCCUAAGGCACGAACAAUUGGUCAAGAAAAAGCGAACAGCUGAAGAAGCUGAUGAAGUGAACUCAAUAUGGUCAAGGAUAGAGCACAUUACCCUUUCGAAGGUAUCGCAUUAUACAGUCUAAAAGGGAAGGGGGAAAAAAUGAGAUUGCGGUCAUUUCCUAUCGCUAAGGUCCAUCGAAGGUGAGUGUAAUCGCACUUUUCCGAGAAAUUGAUUUCAUCGUGCCGCUGCAGACGUUACUGGGCCGACGUGCAUUAUAUUAUUUUUUUUUCCCGUCCGACACAUUUCUGUCUUAAAUCACCAGCAGCCUUUUUUUCUUUACGGAUUCAGCAGUGACCUAUUUAGACGUGAAAACAUGCAUAUCCAGGUAUUUCCUCACAGUGACAUGCAGGUAUCCUCCUGACCUCAACCGGUCAAACCACACCAGCUAUGACUUUUAACAGGAAAUUCAUACCGCUGCACCUCUGGUUCCAUGCGAGCGGGCGAGAGCGAGAGGACUCUGUACGACAGUCGCUCCCUCACCUCCUAUCGUCUUGUAGCUAGGAGAUUUUGUUCGUGUAUUCAACAGCGUAUUACGUACAGGAGGAGAGCCCGGGCUGUUCGAUCAGGCUCCUCGAGCUCUCUCCCGCUCUUUUGCUCUCUCGAUGUCACUUACUUCUGUGCCUCCAAACCCAUCUGCACCCUCAAACAUGGGCGAGGAAACAUUCAUCCCGGGUGAUCUUAACCGACAGUGUUUUCAUUAGGGGUCCUGUUAAAUGGCCCAGACUCCUGCACAACCGUCUGCUGAUAAAUUGCCGUGUUUUAUUAUAUAUAUAAUUAUUAUUUUUUUUUUUUUUUGAGGCAUUAUGCAGCUUUUUCAUACAACCAUGCACAGGUAUUUGCACAAAAGACUAACUCAGUUUAAUUCAUGCCUUUUUUUUUUUAAUGAAACAUUCUGGAAAGGUAAAUGUCUCUCCUGAGCACAGCAGACGUGAAUGCAAACUUUAAACUCGACAUUCCCAUCAAUUGGUGUGCCACUAGUCGCUGAGCAAUUUCAAUAAAAGUCGCUCAUAUGCCGAAGAGGGCGUACAGACGGGUUAGUGAGUUAUGCAAAUGUGUACGGCAGCACAGUCCUCAGGCUUUCUACUGGCAAUUGCCAAGUUAUUUAUUACAGUUCGAUUCUUUAUCUAUGCCAACAUCCGGACACUGUGAGAAAGCUCCUUGAGGGACGGUGGCCCGGUAGCACCAAAUAUUACACGAGGAGGUAAUGAAACAUUAGAGCUGAUUUGAUUUGUAGGAAAUGGACCGGCAUGGAGAAAACAGGAGUCUGGGUCAUUAAAGGACUGCAGAGCCAACCAAGGUGCUUUUCAUUCUAUGUGUGUGUGUGUGGGGGGUGUGGUUGAGCAUGUGUGUGUGUGUGUGUGCGUGUUUGUUUGUGCGUACAUUAUGGAAAGGCAGGAGAAAGCUUUAUCAAGUUUUAUUUGGUGCCUAAGUUUGACUAUAUUGUGUUUUUGUAUUCCAUGUAGAAUGAUGCACUGCAUGUGAUUGAUUUCUAAUGUUUGCAUCAUUUUGGUUUUUAAGGAAAUUCUUAAAAGAAGAAAAAAAAACAGGUGAAAGGCUUAAUUAGUUAAAAAAAAAAGGUCAGAAAGUAAUCCAGAGGGAAAAAAUACCUCCUUCAAAGACCAAUGUAUUUUUACCUCAGUGUAUAUAUUCUAUUUGUUUACUUCGAGUUUGCAAAUUUGUUUCUAUGAAAUGCUAAAUUGAAGAAUUCACAUUUUGUGUUAGUGGUACUUUUAUGUGGCAUUGUGUUGUUCUUGUGCCUCAAUGAACUGUUCUUUUUUUUUUUUUUUUGAACCAUCAUCUGUACUUAUUUCUCGUUCUGUUCUGUUCUUUAGUUAAGUGCUUUAUCAAACAAUGUAUUUUAAUGCCUCUUUCUCAAUUGUGUAGAAAAUGCAUUAUGGGCCUUUUUGUAAAAAAAAAAAAAAAAAAUGAAAGAAAAAAGUCAGAGCUGGUCAGUACUGAUUGGUGGAAGAGAGAGAGAGAGAGAAAGCUCUCAUUAAUGGCUUUGUGGCCCACUUGAUUUUUAAAGCAUUAUUUAUAGACUUUUUAUAGUGUGUACAGAAGUACAAACGAUCAACAUAGGAACGUAGGGGAGUGACGCUCAUGUGCCAUUCUAACAUAGUGGAGUAGAAAUGGGUGUGAAUAAAAAAAAAUGUUCAAAUUUCAUAA